AUGGCCGAUUCCGCCAUCGCGACGUCGACGGCUUCCUCCACUGUCACCUCCUCCUCCUCCUCCUCCGGCCCCUCCCCUUCCCACCAUAUCCUCGAAAUCACGCUCAUCUCCGCCCAAGACCUCGCCUCCGUUUCCAAGUCCCAGCGCUCCUACGCCCUCAUCUGGGUAAAUCCCGGCAAGAAACGGAGCACAAGCAUCGACUCCAAAGGGCUAACGAAUCCCACGUGGAACCACAAGUUCUCGUUCCGGGUCGACCAUGAUUUCCUCGGCUCCGACGAUUCUGCCGUCAACGUGGAGAUCUAUUCUGUUUCCUGGUUCCGGGACGUCCUGGUCGGGACGGUGCGGAUAAACGUGAAACAUCUUUUGGCGCCCCCGACGCCGAGUAUUUCUCAGGAGGGGAACAAAAACGAGCGGUUCAUGGCUCUCCAGAUCCGCCGCCCUUCCGGCGACCCUCAGGGGAUGCUCAACAUGGGGGUCGCGCUUUUCAACUCCGCCUCGCGUAGCAAACCCGUGUACAGUGAAGUUAGCGGCACCUCCUCGGAUUGCCGGGAUUUAUUGGAGAAGAAAAUGAGAAACUUUUUCCCGGAUUCCGAAACCGCCGGCGAGUUUCCGGCGAAAAGGGGCUCGGUCUGCAACGGCUCCGCCGUCAACGGCGGAUCCGAGGUUUGCUCCGACAUCGGCCCGUCGGCCUCCGUCGUGGCGGCGGAGUUGAUGAAUUCGAAUCCGCCGCCACCGCCUGCGGCGAAGACUACGGCGGAUCAGCCCCCGAAGGGCGCGUGUGGGGAGAGCUUGAUACUGGGGGAACUCACGGCGGAGGAAGCGGCGGCGAAAGGGAUGACGCAACAACCGGGAGUGAAGAAGAAGGGACGCCUAGUUUCGUGCUUCGGAAACGCUUAUGGUUUUGAGGUCACCAUUGUUUGCGGCAAAAGCAAAAAACAGAAAAAGGAUUAA